AUGGAAACUGAACAGCCAGAGGAAACCUUUCCCAACACCGAAACCAACGGUGAAUUUGGUAAACGCCUUGCUGAAGAUGUGGAAGAGGAACAAGCUUUUAAAAGAUCUAGAAACACUGAUGAGAUGGUUGAAUUACGCAUUCUGCUUCAGAGAAAGAAUGCUGAGGCAGUGAUUGGAAAAGGAGGCAAGAAUAUUAAGGCUCUCCGUACAGACUACAAUGCCAGUGUUUCAGUCCCAGAUAGCAGUGGCCCCGAGCGCAUAUUGAGUAUCAGUGCUGAUAUUGAAACAAUUGGAGAAAUUCUGAAGAAAAUCAUCCCUACUUUGGAAGAGGGUCUGCAGUUGCCAUCACCCACUGCAACCAGCCAGCUCCCGCUCGAAUCUGAUGCUGUGGAGUGCUUAAAUUACCAACACUAUAAAGGAAGCGACUUUGACUGCGAGUUGAGACUGUUGAUUCAUCAGAGUCUGGCAGGAGGAAUUAUUUGGGUCAGAGGUGCUGAAAUCAAAGAACUUCGAGAGAACACUAAGACAACAAUCAAGCUUUUCCAGGAAUGUUGUCCUCAAUCCACUGACAGAGUCGUUCUUAUUGGAGGAAAACCUGAUAGGGUUGUAGAGUGCAUAAAGAUUAUCCUGGAUUUUAUAUCAGAGUCUCCCAUCAAAGGACGUGCUCAGCCUUAUGAUCCCAAUUUUUAUGAUGAAACCUAUGAUUACGGUGGUUUUACAAUGAUGUUUAAUGACUGCCAUGGACGUCCCGUGGGGUUUCCUAUGCGGAGAACAGGUAGUUUUGAUAGAAUGCCUCCUGGUCAGGGUGGGCAUCCCAUGCCUCCAUCCAGAAGAGAUUAUGAUGCUAUGAGCCCUCGUUGA